UUGACCCGCUGUUUCCAAACAAGAAAAGAGGAGGAGGGUGUUGAAGUUGAAGUUGAAGUUGAAGUUGAAGUUGAUCAACUAUCAAAAUUCACUACUGCAAACAUUAUUAUUACCUUCCUUUUUCAGAAAUUCAACCAUCAAAAUUCACUACUGCACACAUUAUUAUUACCUUUCUUUUUCAGAAAUCCAUAUGACAUAUACAUGUCUGCAACUGCAACAACAACAAUCUACUCCUCCUUUCCUCACCUGCUCCCAACCACCACCACCACCACCACCACCCUCUAUUUCACAAACUCACAUUCACAUUCCACAUCAAAAUCAAACACAUUCCCUCCUCAAGUUUCAUCCACCAAGAUCAAUACCACCUGUGCUGUGCCUCCCAUUCCCAAAUUCCCCCACCCACCUUGGACCGUCUCCGAGAUAGCAGAGGCCAUCAAUGGCACUAUCCUAAAAUGGGGCCCUCCUGGAUCCAUCUCUACUGACACCCGUACUCUCCAACCCGGCCAAUGGUUCUUCGCCAUUACCGGUCUAAACUUCGAUGCCCAUCAUUUUAUUACCCCUAAUUUGUACUCUCUUGGCUGUGUUGGUGUAAUCGCUAACCGGGUUUCCCAUAAUUGGGACAAGGGUUUUGUUCAGAUUGAAAGUAGCAGUAAUAAUAAUACCCUAAUUUCAUUGAACAAGAUGGCUAUUUACGCUAGGAAUAGGUUUCAUGGUCCCCUGAUAGGGUUAACUGGCAGUGUAGGUAAGACCACUACAAGAACUAUGAUAGCUUUGGCUCUUGAAGGCUUGGGUUCUGUUCACCAGAGUCCUGGGAAUUGGAACAAUCGAAUUGGGGUUUCUUUAUCUUUGAUUGGGAUUCCUAGGAAUGUGGACUUCGCGGUUCUGGAGCUUGGGAUGAGUGGGAAAGGAGAGAUUUUGGAGCUCGCCAGGAUGUGUAGGCCGUCGAUAAGAGUGAUUUUGAAUGUGGGUGCUUCUCAUUUGGGGAAUUUUGGGAGUUUAGAAGAAGUUUCGGUGGCGAAAGGGGAGAUUCUAAGAGAAGCUAAGCCAGGGGAUGUGUGUGUUCUUUUUGCGGAUGAUCCUCUUGUUAUGAGCCUUCCCGUCCCAAUUGGAGUUAAGAGAGUGCUCUUUGGUUGGAGAAUGGAUUGCGAUGUUCGGUUGCUUUUGGCAGAAAGUACUGAUGGAGGUCUUGGAGUUCGAGUUGUUUUAGAGAGAAAUAAAGAGAUUGUUGAAUUUGUGAUCUCCAGUCCUGGUCUGCAUUUGGCUAUGAAUGCAUGUGCAGCAGCAGCUGUUGCAACUAUGUUGGGAGUUUCUCUUUCUGAAGUCGGGAAGUGCUUGUCAAGAUUUAUUCCUUUUCACAUGAGAUCAGAGCUUGAAGUUGCUAGAAUUGGUAUCAAAGUAAUUAAGGACACUUACAAUGCCAAUCCUGUUAGCACCAAAGCUGCUAUAGACACGCUGAAAGGCAUGAGUUGCAAAGGUAAAAGAGUUGCCAUACUUGGAGACAUGCUAGAACUUGGUCCAACAGAAAUAAAGUUUCAUGAGAUGAUGUUAAGGCAUUGCUGUGAUGCUGGUUUUGAUCUUGUUGCCCUUGUUGGAGAGAGGUUUCUGACAGCAGCUGAGAAUUUGAAUUUAGUCAAAGAGAGAUAUAUCUUACACGCUGAUGAUGCAGAAAGCCUUGUGCUUGAAAUAGUUAAAAGGUUGAACAAUAAUGACAUUGUUUUGGUGAAGGGCAGUCGGGCAAUGCAAAUGGAGAAAAUUGUUGAUGCAAUUAAGGACUUGGGUAUUUGAAUUUCGUAUUUCUAAAUUUUUGGAGACAAGUUCUAUUCAAACUCCUUCAUAGAAGAAACUUGAUGACGUGACAACUCCUUCACCAAACUUUGUUGAUGAUACGAGCCACCUCUCAUGAUAAUUCCUUUCAGUCGAAGUAAGUUCACAUCUUUUUCUGUGUUAAUAAGUUGAUCCAUGAAGGUUGUAUAGUCAGUGAAAUAUUUGGGGUUGACAUGUGAAUAACGUUGCUCAAAGGCAAUGAGAUUUCUCAAGAAGGUCUCUGUUGAAUCAUCAAAUUUAAAAUAAGGGAUUUCCAUUAGACCCUUAUUGAACUUUAUAUCGAAUAAGCUAACACUAUUGGACAUGCUAUCUGAGUCUAAUGACUCAACACCUGCACAAACAUUUCCAACCUUCUUGAACCUGACACCGGCCUCUUGCUACUCUGUCGCACUAUGCAUUUGGUCCCAGACCUCACUAACAUAUAUGGUGUUUCCUGCUAACCUUGUUUUCUCGGAUGGAGAUCAACAAAUGAUGUGCACUUAGUGAAGUAAAUGCUUGAUUUCAUGAGACUCGUUUGCAAAUGAAAAUGCAGAAACUGGACAUAGCUUUGGGAACAUACUUGAGAGAGUCAGCACUAACCUGUUCAUGAAAGGUUCUUUGUGCAUUGGAUCCUUAGUCAUGUUGUACAAUUCAGUCACAAUAAAGUAAGGAAGUUGGUUUUCAAGUAACAUGAGGUUGCGACAGAUGAACUCUCACCCAAUCUACGCUGAAGAUAGGAUCAUCUUCAUCGUCUGGCUCUAAUUCUGAAGUUUUUCGAACAAAUUCAACAAUGAAACAGCUGUCAAGUAGCAUCAGCUCCAGAAAUUCAUCUGUCUCAACGUUUACGUGGCCUGCAUAGCGUUUGCGAGCUUUGUGUUCCAAUUUCUCCGAGGCUAAUAUGUAAGUCUCAACACUUUUUUCCUCCUUUCGUUCAAGAAAUGAUUGCAGAUACCGGAGCGGAUGUUCUUCCAUUGCACAUAAGCUAGGGUUUCUGUAAUGGUAAGGGCCUAUAGAAACUAUCAUUGGUGUGUAGGCAUUAGAGUUUGAUCUAUGCAGCCCAUCAUGCACUUUGAAAAUACAUGGUUCUGGAGUGGGUCAAUUAAGAGCAACCAAGAAACAACAUGUAGAUAAGAUGAGUGUGGCGGAGAUGAGGAUGCUAAGGUGGAUGUAUGGCAAGACUAGACAAGAAAGAAUUAGAAAUGAGUGUAUUCGAAAAUGGGUAGGAGUAGCACCGAUAGAAGAUAAGUUGAGAGAGAAUCGAUUGAGAUGGUUUGGUCACAUUCAACGGAGACCAACAAAGGCAGUAGUGAAGAGAUAUGAUGUUGUAACGGUAGAGGGGAGUGUUAGGAGACGGGGUAUGCCUAGAUUAACGUUGGCUAACGUUGUAAAUAGAGAUAUGGAUCUACUUAAUUUGACUAACGAAAUGGCCUUUGAUAGGGCCGCGUGGAGAAGAAGGAUUCAUGUAGCUAACCCCAUUUGAUGGGACUCAAGGCUUGGAUUGGUUUGGUUUUGGAGUUGGUGGUGGCAAGUGAUGAAGCUUUUCAUUAAUAUCUCGUGCUAGUUUAUGAGGAGCUUCGUUUAUUGCAGUGAGAACUAGAUUAUCUGUUUCUCCAAUAUUGAUCUGAUGCUCUAUAUCUUCAUCUUAUUUGGCAUUUGUUGGCAUUGUGAGAUACGUGAACAUACUCUUUUGAGGGAGAGGAAGAAUAGAAGACUUGACGGAGGGCUUUAGCGACAGAGAAAGAAAGUUUGGUAAAAGUUUUGUAAGAGUUUAGGGAAGGAACACUUGUAACAGGAACUUUACUAUUGUCGUCUAAAUACUCUAGUUCAUAUAGAUUGUUGAUCAACUGAGUUCAACUGAUAGGCCCAAGCCUCACCCUCUUUUUUUUGUUUUUGUUUUGUAUGUGAAUGUGAAUUAUCUGAAUCUAGUUCUGAAUACUGGACUGAUCUUUCUAGAAAAGGUCUCUUGGCAUUUCACUCUUUGUUGUGGGGGGUUGUCACGGAUUGGCCAGCCAUAUGGAUAGGGAAAUCUAAGGAGCUUUUUGUUUGAUCACAAUUAGAAAAUAAUGAAGAUGU